UUAUAUAUGAAAUAUAUUGAAUAGAGGCUUAAAUUCAUAUCAAAUCCUUCCAAUUUUUGCGCGAAUGUUUUUAAAUUUUAUCACAGCGCCACGUAGUGUUCAAACUUUGAAUAUUUAACAACAUUUCUUAUUCACCUCCAUAUAUUCACCAUAAAAUAAGCUGUCAUUUUUUUUAUUUGACAGACAAACAAACAAAAAUUGAAAUCUACAAAUUGUGCAGUGGGCAGUGAAGUUGUUCGACAAAACAUAGUCAAAAAAUGGUGUAUUAUAAAUUUGUGUUAAUUUUAUUGCUUGUUUUGCCACUGCAAAACACGGUUGCAGUUGAGUUGCAUGCCUUUCAGUCUAUAUUGAAUAUGAUGGGUUUAGGGAACUUACUAAAUAGUUCCAAGUGGAAGGAUGUAGCCAAUAUGACUUUGGAGGAGUUGGGCCAAUCUCGUGGUGAAUGCUUGUAUGAUUUUAUGGAUCAUGUAACCCAUCACGAAUUGGUGUCAUGUGCCCGUGAUGAUCACUACAUUGAACAUUUAUUGCCACCACGUACGGGCGAAGGAGCGCGUAAAGCGCAUAUUAUGGUUAAGUGCAUUCCAGCACCACCAUUAAUUGUAAAUGAUACUGUACAAAACAGCACACUGCAAAUUAUCCAUAGUGUUAAGGAUGUCAUAACACUGCUAAAACCAAUUGGAAAUUCCACCAAACGCAAUGAGCCUGGCAGUUGUGUUCUCUUAUAUUUCUACGCUGAAACAAGUUUAAUCUGUGCACAUGGCGCUCCACAUGCAAAUCAACUACCACAUGUGUUUCCCAAACUACGCAUGGCUGCUGUUGAUGCUCAUAAAUUUCCAAAUUUUAAUACUGAAUUUGGAGUCGUUGGUUUACCUACUUUAAUGCUGUUUCAUCAAGGUAGACCAGUAGUCAAAUUCUACAGCGACAGUGGGGACUUUAUUAAUUUCGUUACACGUCACACGGGUAUGAAACCAAUUGAUCCAUUACCUAAUAUAACAGAGAUAACUGGACCUCUUCCUUUGGAACCUACAAGUGGAACUGAUUUAAAUUUAUUACUUGCCUGGAGUUUCAUAUUACUUUGUGCUGGUAAUUCCUUUUCGAAGUCGCGUUUUUUCCUUUACGUCGUUGAUAUGAUUAAACGUAACUGGCGUGACACUGAAGCACGACUAGAUAAUAAUUAAUUUAGAAAUUUUCAUUUAAAAUUUGGGGGGUGUUAAUUCUGUUUUAAGAACAUAUUAAUGUAUCGGCUGUAAUUAUAUAGUAAUGUAUAAAAUAAAAAUUUAUAAUUGCAAUGAG